AUGGCUUCGAGGUCAUUGUUGCUUGUUGUUUUGACGAUUGGUUUGUGCAGUGCUUGGAUGGAAGAAAGACCCAUUCUCGAGACGCAGGACGGGAAUCUCGUGAUCGCCAGUGCAAAAGAUCGAAACAUAACGUUGCUGACCUUUGGACAAAGUACCGUUAACAUAAACGACAUAAAUCUCGUCGAUGUUUCGAUGAGGGCUCACGAUGCCGCACGGAUUGUAGAGACUUGGGAAAAUGGACAUUUACGAAUUAUGACGAGGGAGCUAAAUCGAAUCUCGGAUCUCGUCGACGGCUCGAAUGGCAUGCUCAAACGGUUGCGAAAUCUCGAACUUGGCUUGGAUACAAACUUCACGAGUAAGCCAGGAAAAUCGAGAGGAGUUUGGAUUACCGAUCCGCUGGUUUUUCCCGGAGCUAUACGCAAUUUGACGAGACGAGUCCGUAGUGUCGAGAGGUCUUUGAAUACCAUGAGGGGUGAAUUGCUCAGGGAUGGAUGCGCCAGCAGUCCAUGUAAGCACGGAGGAACCUGUAUCAGACUUUACAACGGACAUCAAUGUCUUUGCCCACCGAAUUGGGAGGGAGCAAACUGUAACGACGACGUGAACGAAUGCGACAACUUCAUAGGCACUGAUUUGGGCUGUCAAAAUCAAGCGACGUGUAGAAACCUGCCAGGUUCUUAUCGCUGUGAGUGUACAACUGGCUGGCACGGAGUCCAUUGCAGGAGUAAAUCGAACGCGUGUGACGCUCAGGACUCCCGAGAGCUUUGUGGCUUCGGGACCUGUUUGCCUAAGACUGGCUCGCCCUUUGGCUACACUUGUCUAUGCGACCCGGGUUGGCAAUCGUCCGCAACGGACCCAGCUUGCACGAUCGACGUCGAUGAGUGCGCUGGCAACCAUCCAGCAUGUUCGAUGAACCCUUUCGUGCCGUGUUUGAACGUGCCCGGAAGUUUUCGGUGCGCCUCGUGUCCUCCAGGAUACACAGGAAAUGGUCAUUAUUGCACGGACAUCAACGAGUGCGAGAUCGACAACGGGGGCUGCAGCUUGGUGCCCAGAGUCCAGUGCAUCAACACCUUCGGAUCCUCCAAUUGUGGCUUGUGUCCAACGGGGUAUCAAGGCAAUGGGAAGACCUGCACUUACGUCGGCCUAUGCGGCGUGAACAACGGUGGCUGCCAUCCUCUCGCAACUUGUGUCGAGAAUUCUAAUUACAACAAUCUUUAUCCCCAAUGCACUUGUCCCAGUGGCUACCACGGACAUGGCGUCGGACCUCAGGGCUGUGUACCCGGAGCGGACUCCACUAGCCCGUGUGCCAACAACCCUUGCGUUCAUGGAACUUGCCACCCUAACGGUGCUCACUACACUUGUCGGUGCAACGCCGGAUUUACGGGUACUCUUUGCGAUGCUGCUGUGAACCCGUGCAUUCCGAACCCUUGUCUGAACGACGGCGUGUGCAAGUCCUCCGAUUCGCAAACCAUCACUUGCGAGUGUACGUCGACUUUCAAGGGCCCGAGAUGCGAGACUCAGAGGGAAGAUUGCGGUGGUUUGUUCAAAAACCCUAGCGGCGUGUUGGAGUUUCCUACUGCCGGUGGAAAUUACGCUCACGAUCUUAAUUGUGCUUUCGUCAUCAUAACCAACACCUCGAAGGUCUUGAAUAUCAGCAUCUCUCGUUUUGGCUUCGAGAAAUCGGAUAAUUGUCGAUACGAUUUCUUCCAAAUUCAUGACGGAGCGAACGCCGGAGCACAUCAGUUGGGCCGAUUCUGUGGAAACACUCUUCCGUUGGGUGGACAUUUCGUGACGACCCAUAACGCCGUUUAUCUUUGGGUGAGGACGGACAGCUCCAAUUCGAACAAGGGUUUCAGCCUCCGUUGGAAUGCAGUCCCGCCGACAUGCGGUGGCGCUCUGAGCGGUGAACAUGGAAGGAUAAACUCGCCAGGCUCACCCGGCAAAUAUCCGAGCAACAGAGACUGCUACUGGGAAGUUUCGGUCAACCCAGCGAAAAGGAUCCAGUUUCAUUUCUAUUCGGUCAUGAUAGAGGAACAUCCUACGUGUGAAAAUGAUUAUCUUGAAAUAAACGAGACGACAGGCGGCAGGUCGACUCAGUUGGGCUUGUACUGCAACCAUACACACCCGAAGCCUCUCACGACUCCUGGUUCACGAGCUACACUCCAUUUCCACUCUGACGGAGCUGGUACCGACAUGGGUUUCCAGAUAGUUUAUACAGCGAUCGAAGGCACGCCUGGCUGCGGAGGGAUUUUCACGGCUCCCAAAGGUACGAUAACCUCGCCCGGGUUUCCGUCCAGUUACGGGUACCGUCAGCUCUGCGACUGGAAAAUCCAACUUCCCAAGGGGGAAAGACUUCGUCUGACUUGGACGAGCUUCGAGCUUGAAACCCACGGAUAUUGCGCGUUCGAUUACGUCAAAGUCUUCGCUGGUCCGGAUACGUCAUCUCCGAUCGUCGGCACGUAUUGCGGCAAGACUUUGCCAGGAUCUGUCACCAUUGAUUCCAACGAAGUUCUCAUAGUUUUCAAAAGCGACGGUUCCAACGAGUACAAAGGCUUUCAGUUGGAAUACGAAACCAUAUGCGGCGGCCAAUUUCACGAAGCUUCUGGCACCAUCCAGUCGCCUUAUUACCCCAAUAGUUAUCCAGCAUCUCGCACUUGCAUCUACGAGAUCAUUCAGCCUCCCACCAAGAGCAUCGUCCUCACCGUCGUCGACAUGGACAUCGAGAGUAGCUUCAUGGAAGCCUGCUACUUUGACAGUCUCGCCAUUUAUGACGGUGACAAUGACAAUUCCACUCGACUCGGACUCCUUUGUGGCGAUAGCCAACAAAUUCCCAGUGAACCAUUCUACUCGACACACAAUUACAUGUACUUGAAGUUUGUCACUGAUUCGAGCAUGAACAAUCACGGAUUCCUUGCUAAUUAUACGACCGUCGAUCGAAAAUGCGGUGGUAUGUUGAAAGAUUCGACCGGUGUAAUUCAAAGUCACACAGGUGGGGCCUCGUACGAUGAUAACGAACACUGCGUUUGGACGAUCAAAGCACCGGCCGGCCACAUCGUUCAAUUGACCUUCACGUCCUUCAACCUUGAGCUGGGCUACCAUUGUCUCAGCGAUUAUGUAAUCGUUUACGACGGUCCUAGUACGACAGGACAGGAGAUGGGGAGAUUCUGCGGAUCUACUUUACCGCCUCCCUUGAUGAGCCAAACCGAGAGCAUGUCGAUAGUCUUUAACACGGAUAGCAACAUAAACGGAGAGGGUUUCGUAGCCCACUACGUAUUCAUUGACGCUUCAAAAGUCUGCGGCGGUCACUAUUACUCCGAAACUGGAGUUAUUUCUUCUCCAAAUUAUCCUGAGCCGUACCCUGCGAAUAGGGAGUGCGUUUGGGUGAUAACGGCACCGAACAAACAUCAAAUCAACCUCGAAGCGGUGGAAUUCGAGCUUGAGGAAAGCUCGCGAUGUACUUACGAUUAUCUCGAAGUACGAAACGGCGGAUACGAGACGUCGCCCUUGAUUGGCAGAUACUGCGGUAGUACUUUGCCCAGCAUCAAGAGUUUAACGAACGAGUUGUACAUCAAGCUGGUGACGGAUUCGUCCAGGCACAUGGGAGGUUUCAGCCUCUCGUGGGACAGUUCAACUUCCGGCUGUGGAGGAACUUUGAGUGGAUAUCGCGGUGAAAUAACGUCACCGAAUUACCCUCAGCCCUACUCGCGGCUCGCAUCUUGCCUAUGGAAAAUUGCUGUCUCCGCUGGCAGUAGAAUUCAGCUAAUUAUGGUUGACUUUGAUGUCGAGGAUCAUUCCAACUGCCGUUACGACUACGUCGAGUUCACUUCCGGUGCUCAUGACCCUCGUAAGAAGCCGACCAGAUACUGCGGGACUAGCAUCCCGCCUUACAUCGAUGUUGACAGCAAUAUUGUCAGCAUACGUUUCAGAAGUGAUUACACGAACUCUGGACGCGGUUUUCACAUAAAAUAUGAGACGCUUUGCGCCAACAAAAUCCGUGGCUUCGACGGCAUAAUAGAAUCACCAAAUUUCCCGAACGAUUAUCCGCCAUCGAUAAACUGUUCGUGGACGAUCGAGGCUCCCCUCGGCAACACGUUGAAUCUCACAUUUUCGCACUUCGAUCUUGAGUCGAGUGGACGCCAAGGUUGUACGGAUGAUUAUUUAACGAUAAAAGCAGGCGAAGGAAACGAGCCGAAUACCGAUUUAGGAAAGUUCUGCGGCUCCGAUAAUUUGCCGGGUAGAAUAUCGUCGACGCAAAAUCAGGUUUUUUUGAAUUUCGUCACCGAUGGUUACAUCAACAAUGGCGGAUUCCGUCUGGAAUGGAUCGUCGUCGGUUGCGGAGGCCAUUUGACUUCGCCACGCGGUGAAAUCACCUCGCCCGGCUAUCCGCACGGCUACAAAGAGACGAUGGAGUGCGAAUGGCUGAUCGAAGUCGAUUUUGAUCAGAGCGUGGAAAUUACCUUCGACGAUGUCAACACCGAAAAGCUUGGCGGCUGUAGAUUCGACAAAGUCACACUGUACGGAGGCGCUGACGAAAGUGCACCGAAAUUAAUCGAGUUGUGCCACAUCGAGAAACCGGUCAAGUUUACCAGUCCGACAAACAAACUUUUCGUCAAAUUUGUAAGCGAUUUUUCUUUCUCUGGACGUGGUUUCAAGGCCACCUACAAAACCGUCGAUAUUCUCUGCGGUGGACAUUUCUCAGCUUCUGCCGGGCUCAUUCAUUCAACAAAUUAUCCAUUCGAUUAUCCUAACAAUCAAAAUUGCGAGUGGCUCAUCGAAGUCGAUAAAAAUCAUGUCGUCAAUUUCACCUUCACGGAUUUCGAUAUUGAAGACACGACCAAUUGUACUGACGAUUAUGUUAAGGUGUUCGACGGACCCACGCGAGAAGACACAGAGCUCGGGACAUUUUGCAAAAACGUUUUACCCGAACCGAUCAUCUCGACCGGGAAUUCGAUCCUCGUUGUCAUGAGGAGCGACAGUCUCCUUACAGCGAAAGGAUUUAAGGCGAACUUCGGUAAAGCUUGCGGUGCUCGCAUCAUCGCGAAGGACUCAGGAACCCUCGAAACUUCUUCUACCCUGCACAUGGACGAUUCGAGCAUGAACUGUACUUGGACAAUCAUCGCUGAAGAUCCAGCGGACCACGUGACCCUGAGCUUCUACCACAUGGAUCUAUCUUACAGUUGGGAGAAUGAAUGUACCAACCAUUACGUUGCUCUCUACGAAGGUGAAGGUAUUAAUUCCGGCUCCGAACUUGGAAAAUGGUGCAGUAACAAAACCCCGCUUCCUGUCACGAGCACUGGAAACGCUUUAACCGUUCAUUUGUAUUCGGAAUACGGAUUCACGGACGAAAGAUUUGGCGCUGUGUAUUCCGUUCUCAAUUCAGCUUGUGGUGGCGAAUAUCGUGCAGUUUCCGGUACACUAGCUUCUCCGAUGUAUCCCCAAAGUUAUCCGGUAAACGCCGAGUGCAUUUGGCAGUUGAAGGUCGCCCCCGGAAACCGCAUAAGCUUGAGCUUCUCUCAAUUCAAUAUUGAAACGAGUCCAAAUUGCGAUCGCGAUUAUCUCGAGAUUCGAGAAAAAUCGGGAAUCGGACGGUUGAUAGGAAUUUAUUGCAACGAAUUACCCGCUCCCGUUGAGGCUUCGGACGAGCUGUGGAUCAAAUUUCGCAGCGACGAGACCGGCACUGCGUCAGGCUUCCUCGGCGAGUACAGCCUCGUUCAUGGCAACGAUUUGACCGGUGUCAGUGGCGAAAUAGCCUCCCCACUUUACCCACUACCGUGGAAACUCGAGGCGGCGAUAACUUGGCGAAUAACAGUCGAUGCUGGAAUGGCUGUCAGGAUCGAAUUCGAUAGUCUCCACAUCGAAAACUAUGGCUCCGACUGUUACUCCAGGGUGGCAAUUUACGACGGAUACAACGAGGAUGCCCCGGAGUUGUCGAGUCUGUGCGGCAUAUCGGCACCCGAACAGUUCAUCGUAUCGUCCAGCAACGUUGUCAACAUACAAUUCAUAGCCGAUGUACUCCGAGAAGGCAAUUGGUUCCAUUUACGUUGGUAUCAGACUCCAAGAUUGGAAACUUCAGGAAAUACGGAAGAAGAUCUUCCCAAUUGUGUCUACGAGUACAACCUCAGCGAAGCUAGCAACCUUACCGAAUUCGAAUCGGUGUUUUUCAACUCCACCGGAUGGCCGGACGGUUACGCCAACAAUCUUGAUUGUUCAUGGAUUUUUAUGACAGUACCGGGUUAUCAUUUACGUUUGAGAUUCAGUGAAAUUGACCUCGAGGUGACACAGGGCUGUACCGAUGAUUAUUUGGCGAUCUAUGACGGUCGUGCUCUGCCAAGUAAUCGUCAAGAUUUGCCUCUUCUGAAUAAAUUUUGUCACAGCAACGAAACGUCCGUUAUAACGAUCGGAAAGAGUGUAAUGACCGUGAAUUUCCGAACCGAUUUUUACCAAAACAAAACCGGUUUCAUCGGCCAAAUUUGGCGAUAUUGUGGUGGUGAAUUAUUCGGGCCUAACGGCGUGAUAGUUUUCAACAAUACGCUGCACACGUGCGAGUGGAACAUAACUGUCAAGGCUGGUAAAACGAUCUCCAUCAAUUUUCCCAUUUUCGAAUUUCACCGCAGCGAGGUCGCCGGCUGCAAGGACAAUUACGUUUUGCUGAAAAACGGCGAGGGCCCUCACUCCCCUCUCUUGGGCGAGGGUAAAUACUGUGGCCAGAAGGCAAUUCCAUCGAGCCUCGAAACAACGAGCAACAAAUUGUACGUCAAAGUCGUCGUUUCACUGCCUCGAGAAGUCUUUAAAAUGGAGUACAAAGAGGUCGGAAUGGCUUGCGGAGGCUCCUACACUCUCGGCGCAUCUGUACACGAUCAAGUGCAAUUCAAUUCGCCUAAUUAUCCCAACAUACCUCCACCAUUCACCGAAUGCACUUGGACCUUCCGAGCCACCCAUGGUGAGAGAUUGUCACUCCACUUCAUCGAACGCUUCGAUCUUGCCUCGUCCAUGAAUUGCUCGAGGGAAUACGUCGAAGUGAGGGACGGUGGAACGGAAUUUUCCAAGCUGAUGGGCAGAUUCUGUCGUGACACUGCGCCGAGUAGCAUGACCACGAAUAGCGACAUGCUUCACGUCCGCUACUACACCGAUCUCGCCGAUCCCAAGAACGGUUUCAAGGCAGCAGUUACUUCCGGGCAAGUCUGCGGUGGAAUUUUACGAGGCAAACAUGGUGUCAUAAAGUCUCCGAAUUAUCCGGCUACUUACCCGAUCGAUGAGGUAUGCGGUUGGUGGAUUGCCGCUCCCCCCGAACAUACUCUCAAGCUUGAAUUCCGUGAUCUUCAUCUGCCCAGUUUAAGGCGGUGUGCGAACACCGAUAACGUUGGAAUCAGCGAGAGAUUGCCGCACAACGAUACCCCAAUAAUGAGGCAAUUGAGUGGAUCUUUUUUAGUGAAUCCACUCGGAAGGUGGUGCGGAUCGAGCAAACCGGAUAUCCCGCAAACGUCGUCGAACGAGGUCAUCGUUGCGUUCCACAGCGACAAUAGAACAGCUGGAAAUUAUCGUGGAUUCAGUCUCAAUUAUACGGCGACCAAAGAUCCUUGUGGAGGUGAAUUAUCCGGUGUUUCCGGCGAGUUCAAAUCAACUGGGUAUCCGAUUCCGAACGGACGAUCGCGAUAUUGUGAUUGGAUGAUAACUGUACCGGACGGAAGUCAAGUGGUCGUGGAGAUCCUUGAUUUGGACCUGAAUAGCAUGGACGCCAGUUCCGAUUUUUAUCUCGCGUUCUACAACGACAAAGGUUCAACUUCGAGAAUCGCGUACCUUAAAACAUCACCGGUGGGACAAAAAAUCUACAGCACCACUAACAUGAUGAGGAUUGCUUACUGGUUUGGUGUCGGUCAUCGUGGCUUUAAAGCUCGAUUCGACGCCGUCGCACCAGCUCCUUGCGGUGGGGUAAUCGAAGAAACGUCAGGCUCGUUGCAGCCACCGCUACCACCGUACAACGAGACGUCGUUUUACUGUCUGUGGAAAUUGCGAGUUCCGCCAGCGGCCAUUGACCCUGAAAAUCGUACAGAAGCCACUUUGUCCGUUACGAUUUCAGGGUCCAUUGGGAAUUACGAUUCUCGUAGCAAUGCCUGCGUUUAUCGGCUCAAGUACAUUCGCGUGAACGAUGGCGAGGAAAACGUCGGAGUUGCCUGCGGCAACAUGACCAAUGAAGUCUACACAGUCCGAAGCUCUUCGCUCGUGAACACGAUCGAUGUACUAAACGGUACGUUUGGACCUCGAAUCAGUUUCGAUCUCAAGUACAAAUGGCAGUUUUGUGGUGGAAUUUUGACUGGUCCUCGUCACACUAUCCGAGCGCCUGUAAACGUGGAAUACCCGAGGAGCUGCGUUUGGCAUGCGAAAUACGAAGAUCCAGGAUCGGCUAUAACUCUAGUUUUCAAUCGGAUGAACAUGGGAAGCUGUGACAAAGGCUUCAUCAUCGUCAGGAAUGGAGGACCGUUGAGUCCUCAAAUUGGAAAAUUCUGCGGUAAUAUAAAACCACACAAUAUUACGAGCUCGAUGAAUCAACUGUGGAUCGAAUAUUGGGCGGAAGGGCCGCCAGGAGAUUUCGAGAUUCAACUUGAUCUUGUUUCGAGAAGCUGCGGUGGCGUUAUUCGUGGAUCCAACAACGAAUUCAUGUCCCCAGGAUUCCCCAAGCAGUAUCCAAACAACGCCGAGUGUACUUGGGAAAUAACCGCUCCGACUGGCUACAGCGUCGGAUUAUAUUUCGUCAACAGAUUCAGCCUAGAAACGAGCAAUUCUUGUGAAAAUGAUUUUGUCCAGAUAUUCGACUGGGAAUGGGACAAAAAUGGAAUGGCCUUUUGGAAGGAGGGUCCCAAAUUCUGCGGACGUAACACCCCAACGCCUUUCAACGCAACGUCCAAUCGCAUGAAAAUACUUUUCCGGUCGAACGGUGCCAUACAGGGCGAUGGUUUCCAAGCCAGGUGGGAACAAAACUGCGGUGGAGUGUUCGAGGCAAAGGGCCGAGACCAGUACAUCGAAUCACCACAUUAUCCGAACGAUUAUCCACGCAAUGAAAUUUGUAAUUACACGAUAAAUGCGCCAAAGAACAAAGAGCUGUGGAUCAAAUUUUUGGACUUUGAGAUCGAAGGCAGACGUUCGUAUUGCAAGUUCGACAAUGUAACCAUCAUUUCGCAUCCGUAUCAUCACGGGUACAACAGAGAAACCGUUUGGUGUGGUAAAAAUAUGCCACCGUUGAUGAACUCUUUGGAGACGAUCAAUAUCAUUUUCAUGACUGAUCUCUACGUACAGAGGCGUGGCUUUCGAUUCAAAUACUACAUGAACGAAUGCGGAGGAGAAAUAACCGAACCGACGAUGAUUAGCCCUCCGUCAAUGAGCGAGACGGAAUAUUACGGAAGAUUGAACUGUACUUGGUUGAUCAGAGCACCACAAGGAAAAAGCGUGGUGUUGCGUCUCGAAAAAUUCAACGUUGAAAUGAGUCACCGCUGCGUAUACGACCGAGUCAUGGUUUUCGAGGGUGACAACGUGGCGACCGGUAAAUCCCUUGCUAGGCUGUGCGGAAAUAUUACUGAUUUGUUCCCGAUAAAAAGUGCUGGCAAUCUGAUGACCGUCGUUUUCCGAUCCGAUGCCAGCAACCAUUACGGAAGCAUGUCAGCAGCGGUCGUUUUCACGAACAACGAGUCAAGCGGUUGCGGUGGAAAAGUGAAUUUAACAAAAUCAGAAACAUUCAGAUCGCAAAGAGCUGCGUCGUACGAUUCCUACGAGGAUUGUCACUGGCGAGUUUUUGCCGGACGAGGAAAGAAUGUCAAACUCACGAUAACUCGUAUGGAUUUGAAAAAUAGAAACGGCAGUCGCGUCAACGCGAACGGUGAUUGCACCGGGGAUUAUCUGGAAGUGCGUGACGGUGGAGGCCCCUUGGGCGACUUGAUCGGUCGCUAUUGCGGCAAUGUUAUUCCACCUGCAAUUACAACCUCCACGGAUUCCAUGUGGAUUAGAUUCUUCACGGAUGACACAUUCGAGGGUGAAGGGGUCAUCGGAACCCUCGAGCCGGUCGAGUCUCCUUGCGGUCCAAGCGACUGGGAAAUUAACGAAACUAAAGUUUUCAAGUCGCCGAAUUAUCCGGCCGAUUUCCCAGCCGGUAUACAGUGCAGUUGGAUCUUUAGGUCUCCGGAUCGUUUCCGAAAGUUGCGCAUACACAUCGAGGACCUGGAUAUGGAAGACACGGAAAAAUGCGACGGCGAUCACCUCGAAAUUAAGGACCAUGCUCGCAAAUUCAUCAGCGAAGAUUUCGGUGAGGACUUUGUAUACAAUGGGAACUCGGCACUCCGAAGAGGACCAAUGAGACUGCAUAGAUUUGGUGGGGAUGCCACUUACAAGUAUUGCGGUAAAGCAAAAUCGUUGGAUUACUACAGUACCAAUGACCAGUUACGAGUAACUUUGAAGUCAUCAGAAGCGCACAUGCCAAAACCACGAAAGUUUAAGCUCGACGUGUCCAAGACUUCCUGCAAUCGUAAUUACACGUCACCGCAAGGCAGAAUAUUGCACGAGGACGUUCAUGAAUGUUGGACGACUAUAACUGCCCUACCCAAUCACACGAUUUCCCUUUAUUUCAACGAUUUCAGCUUUUAUGACGCGAAUAAUUGUGAAAAUAAUUGGGUCAAGGUGCACGAUGGCGAUUUCAGCGCCCCGGUCAUGAAGACACUUUGUGGCUUCAUGGAUCCAGUGCCCGUUUUUAGUACAGGCAAUAAAUUGAGUAUCCACGCGAAAACGCACUCGGAAUUGAACCACGGACACGAACGAUACGAUAUUCUGUAUACAACCACUGAGAAGGGUCGUGGAUGCGGCGGUAAAUUAUUCAAUUACGCCGGUUUGUUCACGUCCCCGAUGUACCCAAGUAAUUAUAGAAACGAGAGCACAUGCAUCUGGGAAAUAAGUGUGCCUCGGGGUUAUCAAGUCGCGUUGCGAUUCGGUGUCUUUGAUAUUGGAACGAGCGAUUCUUGCGAGACGGAUCACGUAAGCGUGGCAGAGGAUUUCCCAGGGGGUGGUAGGUUCGAGAUGUAUUGUCCAGGGCCAAUUCCCGCGAUAUUCAGAGCUUCUGGGAAUUCUGUGAAGGUGACUUAUCAGUCGAGCGUUAAUAACGCCGGUACUGGCUGGCUGAUCCGUUUCAUAGCUGUCCAAAGCACGGACCAGCUCGACCUCUUACCUGUGCGACCCAUACCCAGCAUAGCCUUCGAUCAUGGCAGGAUGUCUGUACCUCGGAUAGGAUGAAAAUUUCGAACGAAAUUGCCUGUUUUUAUUAGAAUUAGGUUUCAUUGAUGAAAGUGAGAUUUCAUUGAUGAAAGUGAGAUUUCAUUGAUGAAAGAAAAGUUUGUUGUUGAGACGAAGAAAAAACAACCAGCUACUUGUAACGUUUAGAAAAUUGUAUAACUAUAUUUAUUUGGAAUAAACAUACGUUUCAGUUAGCUUGUACAAAA